AUGUCCAGAGCCGCAAUGGAGGAAGUAGAUGAGCGGGUUGCUGGGAUGCUCCUCCCAGCUGCCAUCGUCACUCGUCUCAUGAAAGAAGAAAAUAUUUCUGGAUCAAAAGAAGCUCGCGAUCUCAUCACUCGCGCUGCAGCAGUUUUUCUUAUAAACUUGUCAGACGUCGCAGUGCAAGCUGCUCGCGAAGUGAAACAGAAGACGUUGUCUGCUGAGCAUGUGCUGAAGGGGCUCCGAGAUCUCGAACAUAAUUCCAUUUACAAUCAUUGCAAGCAAAUCAACGACAAUUGGAAAGUGCUUCGCCAACAAAAACUGCUUCAAAGAAAGAUGGCCGAUCAGCAGCAGACUGCUGAAGUCGAAAUGGAAGAUGAAGUCGUCGAAGAGGAUGACAUCGUCGAAGAUACACCUGCUGAUGAUUCGAUGAUCUGA